AUGACCUUUCAUCCAAAAGGAGUGAUUAAUACUGUUACAACGGUGAACAAAGAAAUUCCCUCACCUGUAACACAUCUAUCUUUGGAACAAAAAGAAGAUGGAGAACGUGGGACAACACUUUAUAAUAUUACAACUAAACUUUGUGACGUACAAAGUUUCUUGAAAAAGGUUCCAAUGUUGAAGACAAUAUUAAACGCUUCACUCAAACAAGGCAAUUACUCUUUCAAUUGUCCAAUGAAAAAAGGAGUUUAUCUUAUGGAAAAUAUACGCAUCAGUUCACGUAGUCCUCUAUUAUCCCUCAUCUAUAGACCAAAAGCAGUUUACCAUUUGCAUGGUGGUGUAUUUGAAGAGAUGACUGAUAAGUCUCUUCUUCCUUUUUGUGCUUAUGAUUUUUAUUUCCGAAUUGUUAAACGUCAAUGUAGUGACUAA